UCGUGGAAGUCGUGCGCUAAAAGGCAAAUGGCCGGCGCAGCGCGUGCGAGCGGGCUACGCGUACGACGACGAGGUAUACAUCGCGGCGUAUCGUUCGGUGAUGUGCGACGAGUAAUGUUAAGUGUACGGGACGGUUAGUGAAUACCGUGUAAAUAAACGUGAUGCGAGGGGCCUUACGUUUUAGGCCAUGUAAGACCGGUCUGUUGGUGGGCCGGCGAUGACCACCGAAAAUCCCCCGAGCGCGGUGAUGAAAUCCGUGUCGGAGGGCGAGCUGGGCGUGGAAGAGGUUGUUAAAUCCUACGAGACGAAAACCCGAGACUCUGGUUCGAAAUUAAAGCGAACGUUCACGCUUCCGAGGAAUUUAUUACAAAGUGCCACGAGAAUGUCGAAGCGUCGAACGAACAAGAGUCGUGAUUCCAAGGACGUCAGCGGCGCUGCCAGUGCAAAAGAAAAUUCGAAGAACAACGUACAACAGCAACAACAGCAACAACAGCAACAAUAUAAUACGGUCGAUAACAGCAUGCAGCAGAAUAUGGGAAGAUUGCACGGUGGGAAUAACCAGCAGGCAUACCACCAAGAGAAAUCUGCCAGCAAGAAAGUCUUCGUAAUGUCAUCCUGGAAGAAGUUCAUCAAGAUUAUGCAACACAUGUCGAACGUAGGUACGCAGAACAAAAACUCUCACAGGGACGAGCUCAGUUCUAGUGCGACGGAUAUUCGAGUGCCACCACCGAGGCCGGCACACAUUCCACCGGACAGAGUACCCGGCGUUAUAGGUCUGCGCAAUCACGGCAACACGUGCUUCAUGAACGCCGUACUCCAGUGUCUCUCGCACACAGACAUACUAGCCGAGUAUUUCGUUCUGGACCAAUACAAGGUCGAUCUCUCGCGACGUAACAAACUUAAUUCGAAGAAGUACGGCACGAAAGGUGAGAUAACGGAACAGCUAGCUUUACUCCUAAAAGCAAUUUGGAGUUGCCAAUAUGACCCGGAGAUGAGCACCGCUUUCAAAAGCGUCGUUGAUAAGUAUGGUAGUCAAUAUCGCGGUAAUCUUCAACACGAUGCUCAGGAGUUCCUUCUCUGGCUUCUUGACAAGGUCCACGAGGAUCUCAAUCAGGCUACCAAAAAGAAGUACAAGAUCAUAAAGAAUUCCUUUGGCAGACCCGACGAGAUCGUAGCUGCUGAAACUUUAGCGAAUCACAAUCGCUGUAACAAUUCCUUCGUUCACGACGUAUUCCAGGCACAAUUUCGAUCUAGUCUUACGUGUCCGAGAUGUCAUAGGCAAUCAAACACGUUUGAUCCGUUCCUUUGCGUGUCAGUACCAGUCCCACAAAAUCAUCGACAGAUGAGUCUUUUUGUGAACGUUCUCUACACAUCUCAACAGCCACGACAAGUUAGGAUCGGCGUCACCGUGAAUCAAGCUGCGAACGUGAGGGAACUCAGAGAAAUUUUAGCGAGUGACACCGGCAUCGAAGAGAAUCAUAUGUUGUUGACUGAAGUCCAUGACGAAGGAUUUCACAGGACAUUCUCCGACUGCCAACCAUUGUCUGUGAUCACAGAAAACGAUCCCCUUUACUGUAUAGAACUACCGCAGUUGAAGGAGCCAACUGAACAGGCAUACAUUUUAUUGGUAUGGAUCAACGUUCUCGUAAAGGGUGACUUGAGACAACGAUUUGGCAGCCCCUACACAAUGCAAGUUUCUCGCGAGACGUCUUACGAAGAUCUUCAGAAACUUUUGCUCAAGGAAAUGCAUAGCACCUUGACCGACGACGUUUUAACAUCCAGCCAAAAUCCAGGACUAUUCAACAUUCGAGUAGCCGAUCCAGCAGCGACACCUAUUCAAGACGAACAUCCUUGCAUCGAUCCUUGCGUCGAACAUCCACUUUAUACGGAACAAAUCGAACAAGCAUUGGCACUCUGUGCCGAUGAUUCCGGUCCACAGCACGUCAAGUUGAUUCUCGAAUGGGACGAGGCUACGAAGAAUAAUAUCAUUCAAGAUGACAGCGAUCAGAUCGAAGAGCACGCCAGUGUGAAGCAAUUAAAGACUAAUUCUGAGUUGGGUGGUGCGGUCACGUUGGAAGAAUGUUUUGAUCUUUAUACGAGAGCGGAGACGUUAGGAGCCGAGGACGCCUGGCAUUGUCCGUAUUGUAAUAAGAAGCAAGAAGUCGUGAAGAAGUUAGGACUGUGGACCUUGCCUGAUAUCUUAGUAAUACAUCUGAAAAGAUUUCGUCAACAAUCCAAACAGAGAUCGACGUCGAAAUUGACAAUGCUCGUAGAUUUCCCUCUUUAUGGUUUUGACAUGACUCCUCAUCUUGCUCAUAACGGAGUACAAACACACAACAACGUUCCUACCCUUGGUGGUUUAGGUUGGUCUCCAUGGAAAAAGCCAAGACCACGACAACAAAGUAUUUCCAAAUACGAUGAGAACGUUUAUGAUCUCUACGCUAUUUGUAAUCACCAUGGCCAAGAUCUUCAAGGUGGCCAUUACACAGCAUUUUGUAGAAAUCCAUAUGACACUCAAUGGUAUUGCUUCGACGAUACAAGAGUCGAGGCUGUGAACGAUACGAAUCUUAUCACGAAUGCAGCUUACAUGUUGUUUUAUCAACGAAGAGGUUUGACUAGUAACUCUACUGGAAAUUCCUCAGCGGCCUCCACUAGUUCGGCGGGCUCGGGCCUUGACCAUUGGGUUUCUAAGAUGCCACCGUUUUAUUUUAAUAAUAAAACUAGUUGUAACGUCACAAAUAAUAAGCAAAGUAAGUCGCAGGAAAUAUUGUGCCAGGAAAAAAUUGUCGAAGAGAAGAAUAUGAAUAAUUUUAAUAGAGGCUCUCGUAAUUAUGCAACUCUACAGCCAAAGAAGCGAAACGUGGCAACCGAAACGGAUGCUGGACAUAUUGACCAUUGCUCGGACGACGAAGCUCCUUGUAGAAGAGAAUGGGCUUCGCCAAAACCCGUAAGAAAAACAUCUUCUAUCACCUUGACGCCUCAUGUACCAGUAGCAAUAAUUCAAAAUGCCAAUAGUAAUCCAGAUACAACGGUGAUACACGAAUCAACAUUGUAACACACAAUGUAAGCCAGACUUCGUCUGGCUCGAGCGUCGCUCAAUGUUCAGUGCCUGGAAUGUUGUAUGCUCAUGAGUUUCAUUAGAAGACGAUGAUAUAACGAAGGACAAUUUGGUAGAACUUAAUAAAUGCAUAUUAAAAUUCUUUGUUGAGAGAGUGUUCGAGAUAGAUGUCCUAGAAAACGAACACUAUUAAUCUUUCACUCUGAAUUUACGUACGAUGCUUUUUCGUACAGAUGUUGCGAAAAUCAUGAGGGAUCUCAAGAGUUCUGCUCUUCUUUUUUGAUGUUAUUUCUACGAUCUAUAUAAAGAAUUUGAAAGAAGAGUGUGAUUUUUUCAAAUGGACAAAAUUUCAAGCAUUAGUGAUUUUUGUAUUUAUAAUAAUAACGUUUGUAUACAGUUCGCGUGAAAUGUAUUAUAUACAGUGUAGUUAUUAUUAGGGUAAUUUUUCAAAACAGAUGUUAUAUCGCGUGUCAAGAACUGCAACAACAACCACAAGAAAAUAAGAAAAAUAAAUAAAUCCCUCAUAUAAGUCAUUUACCAUUUAUAUUUAGAUUUUCGAUACGUUAGAUAAUAGAAACACAUAUAUGUCCACAAAGGAUAAAGAAAACUUUUCCUAACAAAAUUUCAUGUUACUUCGAAUCGCAAUACAUAUAUGUGAUAGUCAUAAACGCAUGAUCUCGUGUAUGAUAAUCUCAUAUCACGUUAUCGUAGAAUGAAAAUUUGACAAUAAGAGAAUUCUGUAUGCCACAGGAUUCGUUUAUUACGAUAACUUAAUUUCUCACUAAAUCUUUCCUGGACAUAAUGUGUAAAUCGCUGAACAUUGCUUUUGAGUCUGUGCUUAGCUGUAAUAUUUAUAUUAUAUUUGUAACAUCCACUAGUGGCCUUAACUCUGUAAUUAACUAUCGAUACAUCAUUAUUUGCAAUUACAUAAACAUAAUCGAUUUCUCUGAGAAUUUUACAUUAGAUAUCUCUAGAUUAUUUUAUUAAAGCCAUUAGGCCGUUAUAAACUUUAAUAUUAUUUUGCCGGUAGGCCAUUUAUAACUUCAAUAUCAAUUUGCCGAUGUAUUCGUCGUCUACCGAGAUAUAUUUUAUACUUCCGGUCAAAAUUCGAGUUCUUCCAAUGACUGGCCAAAACAACCAAGUAUCUAUUAUCUCUAAAGAAAGUAAUUCUCGGCAAGAUAGCUAUUUUUUUUUCUCCGGACGACAUUAUAAUCAUUUCUUCUAUAACUAGUUAUUUUUAUUCCAUCAUUAUUUAAAAAUACUCUGUCCUCCUAUUUUUAAAGAUCAUUCCAGAUAGUCGUUUAGUACGGAGCAAAGGAGAGUAAGAAUCAUGAAAGUGAGAGAAAAAUUUAUAUAUAUAUAUAUAUAUAUAUAUAUAUACAAAAUAUAUGUAUAUGUAUGUAGGUGUGUGUAUAUGCGCGCAUGUAUAUUACAGAUUCGUAUAUUCACACACGCACGUUGCUAUAGCGAGUGAAAAAUAUUUAAAUUAUUUUAAAAUAACAUUUAUUACUAGUCACACGUAUCGUGGACAAAGGUAGCAAAUACGCGAGUCAGUUGUGUAGAGAAAAUAAGAAAAGAGUAUGUAAUGAAGAAAAAUGUAUUCAGAAAUGGAACAAUGAGAUCGACUAUUGCUAUCUAUAAUUAUUAUGAUUUUAGAAGUUGUGUAUUCAUGUUAACCGACUGAGGGAUAUUUAUAAUUAUUCAUAUUAUUGCUAUAAUUUUGUUAAAAUAAAUAGAGAAUGUAUAUGUACAGUAGGUAUGUCAUUCCAUUCUAAGCACGUUAUAUUUUUCUGCGUUCUACAAUUUAUCUUAAACUCUUAACACACCUCCCACUUCUAUAGAUGCAACCUUAGCACGAUUAUCACACGAUUAAUGAAAAGAAACCUGUGCUUUCUUUCGAUAAUUUGUUAUGGAACUGCGAUUCUUCAUACAUUCGAAUAUGUCCCACGAGAAAAAGAAAAAGAAAACAAUAAAAUUGCAUAUCCAUGCGGAAUGAAAGGAGAAGAAGAAACGAGAAUGAAUCAACCAAAUUUUUCGCUAGUCUAAUGUUUUCCUGGUAUAGACUGUGACAAAAUAAAAAGCGAAUUCGUUAAGAGAUGAGUUGAAAAUAAAAAGCAGAUGAAAGAAAA